ACUCGCUGCACGUUUUCCAAGAUGGAGGCCGACUUGUAUGAUGAAUUUGGAAACUACAUUGGCCCAGAACUCGACAGCGACGAGGAAAGUGAAGACGAGGAUGAAAUUGGAGAAGAGGAAGUCGCAGAAUAUGUAAGUAGAGUAGGUUUUUGGACAUAACUGGGGUGGAUGUGAGUUUUUUCUUUGUGAGUUCCGUGCAUGCUUUAAUGUCAUCUUCACGUCUUUGUAACGUCAUUGAAAGCCUUCUCAGGGUAACUUUAUCCUUUGAAGGCACUGUAAAUUUGCCAUUAAAGUUCCUUCGCUUCAAUAUUCAUGCUACAAAGUUGCAUGUUCUGUUAUUGCAAUCAUUCAUCCAACCAGGACGUUACAUGUCUACAGAAAUCGAUCAUCGGAAAGCUAAUCGAUAAGUCGAUAGUACUCGAUACUUGUCAAUAAUUGUCGAUUGACAAGUUAUAUUUGUCGAUAAAAGUCGAUAAUCGGAAUGAUCUGAGGACAGGUAAUCGAUUUCGAUCGACUCUUAUCGAUUUCUAUCGUCAACAAAACAAUUCUAACUUGCAGCAACUCGAUUGUCUUUGAGCAUUGAAAGUGUAAGCAAUUGUACGGUAUUUAACGAAAAUGACAAUAAACAGCGAUAAAAUUGCAUUGAAUCAAAUCUGAAAAAAGCAGAUGUUAUUACUUUUAUUGCCUUCCUUUGCAAUGAGCUGCCUUGUAAUUGCAGGUUUGCAGCUUUCACGUUCAUACUUUUGCCCCGCGUUUUUUCCUGCUCCGUGAUUCUUUUGGUCAGCACAGACACUGUACUGGCUUUUUUGAUAGUUUUCGAUAAAAAUCAAAUUUUAACCAAAAAAGUCGAUAGGGAUAGAUAAUUACACGAAAUUUUGUGAUUGACUUUUAUUGAUUUCCGAUAUUUGUCAAUGAAUAAAUAUUGGUAUUGAUUAUUAUCAACAGCGAUUGGAAAAAUAACUUAUAGUCCUAAUAGCUGUACAUUAAAGGGUUAGGUCGUGUCGUUCGUUUUCCCAUGUCGUUUUCAGAGAGAGAACUUUUAUGAUAACUUACAACGUAUGGGGAGACGGUUCGUUAUAAUUAUUUAAUGAAACAGUGGAGAUGUUCCAUUACUGAUCAGAACAGUUUUGAUUUAAUGAACACACUGAUGUAUUCACACUAUAGAGCAAAGUUUGUUAUUCAAUACUAUUGCUUUGGUAGUUCCAGAAUUUAUAUCACAAUAUGACAUCAACAAAUUUAUCAACUCCUGUACCUAUUAGUAGCUUUUGACCCAAUAAAACUACAAAAACAUGCACUCUAGUCCUAAUUUUGUAUCCUGGACAUAAUAUACUACAAUUUUACAAUUCAAUCCCACCCAACCCAGCAAGUUGCAAGCAUUUUGGUCGCCAUGGUGACUAAAACUUUGGAGCUGGCGACUUGAUUUGUUUGGUGGCCAAAUGGUGACCAAGCGAAAACUUUAACUUGGAGGGUUGCCACCUCUUCAGUGAUUCUGUUUGACUGCAUAACAUAGAACCAAAGUUGUAAGUUGGGACAUUCUUGGAAGCAACCAUGGUAACAGGGUGUAAAGAAAGUCAGUUUUAUAGCUUGCCUUUUGGGCAAGCUGUGGCUAGCAUAUACUAGCCCAAAAGUCAUUUCAACUAGCCUGAAAAAUACUUUGAUGAGGAGGAUUGAUUUCAGUUCUUUUGUAAUUUGAAUUCUCAAAAAAAACUUCACUUACCCAUUGGGCAAGAGAUAAGAUCAGAAUGCACUAGCAAGAUAGCAAAAUCCACUAGCCCAAGGCUAUCACACACAACUUUCUUGGCAUGCUCAGGGUGUUCAUUAAGAAUUAGAGAGCGGAGAAUUCUCUGUUUUCAAUGCAGAAUUCCAUGGCUAACAUUCCAUAUUCUAUGACUAUUUUUUAUUCAGAUGUGUAGCCUCUUUCAAAAUCAUCUCCUGUAACAUUACACCUUUCUCCUGCUACUAGAAUUCAUAAAGAAAACCCUGCAUGCUGGGUUAGGUUACCUGAGGACAGCUACAUGGUAUAAUUACUGAGUGUAAUGGAAUAUUUAUGAGCAAAAUCAUGGGAAGAUUUACCAUAAUAAAAGAAGAGCGCUUUCAGAGCAAUAAUUAUAUUACUCUUACUAAGUUCCAAAAGCAUUCAAAUUUCCUGCUUCUGAUUAGUAGAAAAUAUUUUUCUGACCAAUGAGAAGCAGUGAAUUCAAAUGAUGUAGGACUGGUUUGGUAAGAAUAACCAUUCUAGUUUUAAGAGUAACGAGCAUUAAUUUUCCUCUAACAGUAUCAAUACAUAAACAAGAGAAUAGUUUACAAGAUUUUCUAAACCGACCACCAAAACGAAAAGGUUUUGUCUUUUAUCAAAAUUAAUUCUCUCAACAAAUUGUUCUUUAAGGAUAUGCAUGAAGAUCAUUAUAAACUUCCACUGUAAGGAUUUGCCCACAAAUAGGAUUAAAACUGCCUGUGGGUUAAUGUUAGGACAUGACAUGGUGCAAAAUUGGGUUAUUCCAGAAAAAAUCCACACCCCCACGACGGAAGGCAUGCUGGAAAAUCUCACGGGAGGAGGGGUUAAUGGCUCUGGAAAUCCUGAUGGGAGGGGGGCUCUGAACCUAAAAAUACAUCCUCGGGGGUAACUUUUGAUUUCAUUGAUGUUUCAAGUGCUUCGUUCGAUAAGUUUUCAAAUAAUUGCUUUGCCUUUUCAAAUUUUAUUAUUCUUUCAAACUACAGACCCCUUACCACAUUUAUUUUAAGUUUCCAUCCAUAGGCUCGCUCUCGUUACUUUUGUAGAAGCAACAUGCGAUGACUCGAAGACAUCAAGAAAAAUCGCAUAAUUCAUUAAAAAAGUGCUCAGUUCAAGUAAAGCAAACAAUGAUUUUACCUUCAAUUAUACAUUUUUCCAAGGUUAAUGCUAAUCCAGGGUGAUUUACCACUAAACAGGCCUUACAAGUACAUUUUGUAAGCGUGGUUUUUUGUUUGUGAUUGUUUGGCGGCCAUUUUGAAAGGCAAGCGUACAGCACGUCAUGUAAUAUCACCCUAAGUGUCCUUUUUCUUCUUUUCGCAGUCAUUUUUUAUCGACAAAGAAGAGAACUAUUUAUUCGAGAACAUAGUUUAUAGUUUUGAGCUUUAUUGUAGUAUAUAUUGAUGUAUAUUUUGCCUGUUCUAGAAUAAAAGAGAAGUUCACUCACAUACCGUAUUUAUUCGAAUAAGCGCCCAACCUCGAAUUAGCGCCCACCUCGAAUAAGCGCCCAUUCUAAAGGCAGAAAAAGUUAAUACAGUGUAAGCACCUCGCCUCGAAUAAGCGCCCACCUCACCACACCUUCCUCCCACUCCCACUCAAACUCAAAUUAACGACCACCCCUAAAAUUGAAUAAGUACUAAUAAGAGACUUCCUUAAAGAUGGAGUUUUCUUCAAAGUAUUUUACAGGAACCUUGCUUUGUUACAUCUUCGCAUUCUGUUAUUACCAUUUAUUGUUUUGUUGGAAAAUACAUAUACUACACUUGCUGAAAAUGUUGAAAAUUUAAUAACCGCCCAGCCUCGAAUAAGCGCCCACCUCGAAUGAGCGCCCACUCUCAAGGUCCAAAAAUUUAAUAAGCGCCCAGGGCGGUUAAUCGAAUAAAUACAGUAUGAGCUUAUUUGCAGAAAGUGUAAGCCUGUUUAAGAAGAUGUGAAAAUGGAUCUUAAUGUUCACAACAAAAACAGAAUUCACAGAAAAUUGAGACUUAUUUAAUAAAAAGAUCAUCUAAGUGCCUAAAAGGAUUCUUCAACAUUGAGUGUAAAGUAAAAUCACGGUGUCUAACAAUCUUAUGGAAAUCCAGAUGGGUGGGGGGGGGUCUUUGAACUUGGAAAUCCUGAGGGGAGGGAGGCUCAAGCAGUUUUGGAAAUCCAGGUAGAUGGGGGGAUCAAAAAACCGUGCCUUCCAUCGUGGGGUGUGGAUUUUUUCUGGAAUAACCCAUUGUAUGUGGCAAAAGUUACAAUUAGGUAUCAUGUACACUUAUCCUGGUAAAACAAGUCACAGAUAAAUUAAUGUUAAUGAAAGUCACUGAGAAGAUUAUUUCUUCCAAACCCUAGUGAGUGAAAAAAAAAAGGAAAAGAAAACAAAUGUAAUUUCAUUUGUUUCAAUGAUGAUUAUUGUUAUGCUUGGUACUAUAUUGCUAGGCUGAAGAAGAUGAAGAUGAGCAGAUGGAUCAGGAUGAAGAACCUCAAAUGCAAGUUGUUCUACAUGAGGUACUUUGUACACUGUAUGGUAGCAGCCUUUAAUUUCCAAGAUCUUGGCAUGAUAUAUACUAAUAUUAAAACAGUAUUCAUUAUACAUGUACAAGAUAAUAGUGUUUAGAAUUCCAUGCUACACCAUGCUUGAGACACCAUUACUCAUUGGGCCAAAAGAUAAUCUCAAUUUUGACUCUCUCCCUCUUAUUGUGUUCAUCAGAAUGCAUCCUAAUCUGGUGUUCCUGUGGUACAAAGGUAGAAAUUUUGGAGCUAUCACAGGCGACUACCAAUUAGCUGCCCCUGUUAAUUUUAUGAGGGGCAUCUUGGUCUCAGGAAACUGGACUCCUUUGGACUUAUUUGAUAUCAUGCUCGUAGACUAAGACAAACGCAGAUCCAUAAUCAAUGAUUAUUACUAGUCAAAAUUAAUAGUAAGGAAGGAAGGACUUCAUUCAACACUUCAAUGGCAGCUUUGAGAAGGGGGUUGGAGGAGAAAUUUAAUUUGUGAGGUAUAAAUUAAAGGCAGGAUAGAAAGCUGUCAAGAAAAAGGAAUAAAAACUCUUUCUUAAGAAAUAAUUAGUGAGCCUGAAUAAACUACCAACUGAAACAAAAUUAAUACUGUGUCAGCUGGGCUAAGUUUUAACUAAGCUCUAGGAGUUCAACUGAGAAAAUAAUUACACUGUAUGGUAACUCUACAGUAUUUUGUUACAGUAAAUAAUACAUCACAUGUACAUCCUAAGUCAUUAUAUUAACAGCUGAUUGUGGCUAGACAACUGAGUGUAGCGUGUUUUUUAAAGGAGUAUGCUGUAAUUAAUUGAUUUUCUUUUCAUGGUUUGCAGGAUAAAAAGUAUUAUCCCACCGCAGAGGAGGUUUAUGGCCCAGAAGUGGAGGUUAAAAUUAUUCUUUCACCUGCCAUUUAAGAUUAUCUCACCCCUUAAACAGAUGCACAAGUACAUGACUGUAUCAUUGGCCAGAAAUUCUGAGAAUAAACUGUGCAUACAGAGUGUGCAGUCAUGUUAUUUUAAGAAGUGCUUGUCUAUAUUAAGCAUUGCAUAGCAUGUUAGUAUACUACUAUGGAAAAAAAAUAAUCCUUGUGAACAGGGAUGAUGAUUCCCUUCAUUGGACCUUUGUACACUAAUGGCAUCACUUUUUUCUGAGUUUUCUUACAUGGUACUUAUUAUUGUUUUCUGAUUUGUUUUUAGACUAUUGUACAGGAGGAAGACACACAACCUUUAACAGGUUUAUUAUUGUAAUCUACUUUAUUCUCUCAUUUUUGUUGUUAGCCUUACAAUCCGUUGCAGUGUACACUCUAUGCACAGUUUACAUUUUCAUAAACGUUUUUGAGUCUGGUAAUACAUGUAUGCACAACAUUAAAGGGGUGAAGUUUUAUGUAGUAUUUUCACUAUAAAAAAAUUAUUGCCUCACUUAGAAAAGAGGAAAAAAUAAUGUGCAUGGCCAUUGGAUUUUAGACAAUGAUUAACAAUUAAUUAUUUCUGAUUAGUGUUGGAUUUAUAGUAAUUUAGCAAACAUUUUUGUAUUUGUUCUGCUUGUUGUCGUUAAUCUGUUGAACCUUCGUAUUUCGCUUUAUUUUGCUUGUUUGUUUAUUUAUUUAUGUUACUGUUUCGCCUCCUUUUUAUUAGUCUGCUACACAGCCGUUUUUAGUGUCAUCACGCAACGCUUCUCCCCACUUACGGCUGCUGAAAACUGAACCACAUUCCUUUCCCGCGAUUAUUCCAUUUUCUGGAAGGUGUUCGCGCCACGUGUGCGGUAUGGUGACUCCUCCAAUCAUAGCUUUGCUUUUAUCGUUGCCCCAUGUGUGAAUGACAGAACAAUCAAAAUUGUCACGUGAAAACAAGCAAUCAACUAGAGUAGUGUUGUCGUAGUCGAGUCCUUUCAGAAUUUUUGAGAUAAGAAGCAACAGCAAGUAAGUCGAGCAAAUAUGAUGCACAACAUGGAUAUGUUUAUAAAGUUGCCGGGUAUAGUUUCGGGAAAUCGCUUAGGGAACGCGUCCAAAUAUCGGCAUCGGGUCACACCGAUGCCGAUCAAUUGGGCACCGAUUUUUUUCCGAUUCCGUUGAAGGUCGGACCCGAUUUUAUCGGCACCGAAUGAAACGGAAUCGGCAACGGGUCUCAGGUCUUUAUCGGGCCAAUUAACAAAGGUCAUCAAAAAUAUCUGGCAGCUCAAAUAACCCAUCACAAAAGCAAAAGCAAAAGCAAAAGCGUGAAUGUUGUUUUUUAUAACCUUAUCUUUCUUAUAAAUGUGUCUUGUUUGAACCGAAAUUUAACGUCACAGUUUCGAACAUUUGUUUGUAUUUCCUAUGACAGAGUAUGACCAGAAAAUAUUAAAUUUGUGUAUCAAAAUGGGCACGAGAAGAAACAGCAGGUCAUUCAACAACGCUGAAGAGCAUCUUUUGAGUGAAAGACGGCGCAAUGUACAUUGCAAGUGUACGAUCUCAAAAUGAUAAUUUUAAAAUAGCUUGAGCCUGUGCUAACCGGAACCCAAAACGUAUGAUUAUAGGAAUCUUUGGAGGAAUAAACAGUUUAGGACUGUAAACGAAAAAAAUAGAAGUCAGAACAUCCACGACCAAAAUGCAAAUGUUGUUACCAUGUUGUGUACUUUAACUGCUAAAUUGCCACAGGAGAGAAGAGGACAUCGUCUGAGAAUCAGGCUGCAACUUGUUUAUUGGUUGCAUAUGAACUCAAAAAAGUGACUGAUGGAGGCAUUCAACUGGUUUUCUCUUUCUCGAUUCUCUUUCCGCUAUUAAAUUGAGUCGAACUUACCAGAUGUAUGCACAGUUUGCUUUAGUUGAACACUCCGGGAAAAAAGGUUCUGAUUUUUGUCAAAAAGUCAGCCACCUAGAGUCAAGUGCAAAUUUUUCUAAGUGCUGAGAGUGGAAAGCAAUUUCACGUGGCACCAUGCUCAAGCUCACAGAACAUACAGCAAAGUCGCUAAGCCAUUCUCUCUUUGGUAGCUCCUGUAUGAAACUUCGUUCCGUGACUUACGAGUGUGGGAAUCUUUCAGUUCUUGUUGCUAAUUCCCUGGAGACAAUCUAAGGCCGCAAUCUAAUUGGUCAGUAUUUUUUGCCUCAGAUCGCAUUACACCUUGUGUUUAGGAUCGUUGAAUGAAAGACGCAAAUUUUCGUAAAAGUUUAUCCGGUGGCUUUAUAUUAUCCAUGGUUUUGCUCUCGCUCUGCUCGCUAGGAAACCCGUUGAGGUCUACUUGUAACAAGUCUAUGAAUCCAGUUGCGUUUCGGAAAAGUGAGUUCCGGUUGUGUUUUUGGAUUGCAUUGUUAGAAAGUAUCGAGUAAAGAACACACUACUCAGUAAGGUGUUUUGUUUGCUAUAUAUCAACGAAGAACAGUGGUAUUUUGCCUUGUAAUAUUUAACUCCUUUUAAUUUUCAUAGAAUAAAUGUUAUGGAGCAGCAUGGUGUUUGCGAUCGACUGAAGAAAAUAUGUCUGCAAAACGCCGAAAAUCACGUGUAUAGGCACGCAUCAAAUCAACAAACUCGAAACACAACAUGCAGGAACAUACAAUAUUGCUAUUUGUUAUGGAGUAGGAAAAAGGUACAGUCGAUUGAAAUUAUUUUGGAGUGAAACGACUCUUUCAUUAUUUGGUUCGUGACACGCUUCAUUUUACAUAUCAGAUAAUAUAAUAUGACGAUGACACAUAUGAACAUCGGAAUGUCAACCGGCUCCGAUUGAAUCGGCAAAGUUUUUAUCGUAAUCGGAAACGGCAACUGGUGCCUAUAGAUCGGUACCGAUUCCGAUCAAUCGGAAAAUUAAUCGGGUCUGUUUCCCAUGAUCGGGUUCCCUACCGAUAUUUGGACGCGUUCCCUUAUCGAUAAUUUAUAAGAUUGCCUUUGUUUGAAUCAGUACCCCUGGGAGUUUAGUCUACAUUCCCAUGUACAACAACACAAUGAGCACAUCCGGCACAUGAAAUUCAUCAUACAUAUUCAUGUUAAAAAGAAUCAACCGAUCCUGGUAAGAAUCUUGUAGGCCUAUCAAACCUUUUUUUUUUACUUGGAAUUUUGUUAACCGCUUAAAACAAGCUUUUCUGCAAACAACCUUUUCGUUGCUUGCAGACACAGACCUCAUCAAAAAUCAGUGACGAUUGAUUGAUUUGUCGAAAACUGAGAAGCGUGUUCGCUCCUAGCGCCCUGCGGCUCACGUAUUGUCAAGUUUCUUAUACAUGAUUGGUUUGUUCGUUAGACCACAAACACAAAGGGAAAGGAAUGUGGUUCGGUUUUCAGCAGCCGUUAGUGGGGAGAAGCGUUGCGUGACGACACUAAAAACGGCUGUGUAGCAAACUACCUUUUUAUUUGCUGCCCUGUUAUUGUAAAGUUUAUUGUAAUGUUAUGUUAAAUGAUGUUUAAUAAAUAAAUUAUUAAAAAAAAAUGAGGCUGAGUAUGUUAUGAAGAAUUAUGGAGAUCGAGGAGGGUGUUAUCUGUCGAGGCCUUAGGCCGAGGUGGAUAACACCUUCCAAGAUCUCCAUAAUUCUUCAUAUGAUAUGAAAGCCGAGUUCAAUAAUAUUGUUUUAUUAUUCAUUCAAAAUAAUUCCUAGUUUAAAAACAUGGCUAAAACAUGCUUAUCUCCAUCGAUCCAUCGAUGUUAAGUUCAUCUUUGAUAGUACACGUUUAGGUUUGUCCAGCUCUGCAAAUAUUCUCCAAAUAGCAGAUGUCACCCUUCGAGUUGUCUUCUUGCUGUUCUCGCCUCGUUUUUAGCUAUUUUUCCGCCUAGUUCUUACUCUUGAAACGAGUGAAAUGUCCGCCAUUUUUUGUUUUCACAAUCUAAACAACUCAAACUCGUCCCCAGGUCUUCUUGGUUAAUGGUGCCUUAACCUGCACAAAUGCUGCAUUUUUGACGUCAUUUCCUCGUUAGACACAAAAUUCUUCCAAAUUUGGUCAUCAGAAACUGGUUAUGGUGAAUUAUGCGUGUGCCUUUAGCCAAUCAGAAUCGGGAAAAUAAUUAUUUUAUAUGAACAUAUAUUUUGUGUGUUUUCUUGCUGUUGUACAAUGUAAAUGACACUCCCAUGUGUACCUUAUUUACAGAGCCUAUCAUCAAACCAGUGUCAAAAAAGAAGUUUUUUCAUGCAGAACAAGAUCUUCCUACGACAAACUAUGAUGUUGAGUAUGUGAAACCAUCACAAAUUACAGAACUCGCUGUUUAAAUAAAAAUCAUUUAUAAUUAAUAAAAAUAUAUAUAUAUAUUUUUUAUUUAUGGCAGUUAUUUUGUUAUGCAAAAUUUAAUUUUAAUUUAACCCAUUCGCUCCUGGAGAUUUUGCCGAAAAACGUGUUUUGAAGCUAGUCGAGUGGUUUUCUGGUCACUGUCGUGCUAUAAAGAGGUAAAACUUACCACAAACUGGUUUACAGGUCGAACACUUCGCGGCCUUCUGAUCCAGAUGCAAAAUAUCAGCUUGAGAAGUUCAGGCAUGCGCAGAAAGCAAAAUUUCGAGAUAGUUUUUGGGUUUAAAAGUGACACAGCAGUCUUGACUUUUACUUUUCGCUUUCUCUCCUUCCUUCUUUUGUCGCUUUUCUUGCCUCAUUUUUUUUUUCUCUUGCUUGGCAUUUAGUAGGUUUCAUUUUGGUGGGAAGAGUUUUUAGGAAAGCUUUUAGGAUCUUAGGAUUAAUGGAAAGGAAAGGUAGGUGAGUAAUGGAACAAGAUUUUCAUGGAGAUUUUCAGGUCAAUGUCACGUGGUUUUUUGCUUGUUUCUCCGGUGUCCUUGACUGAAUUGUGCUCAUUCUGGUAUGGUUUGAAAGAUCUCUUCACUCUGCACAAGUUAGCGAAGAAAGUUGUCCUUGACCAUUAAAACUGAUGACGUCACAAUGGGUAGAAAGGACCUGGAUCCGCACGGGCGGUUAUGGGCGGUUCAGGGGCGAAUGGGUUAAAAAUAUUCUUUGUAUCCAACAUCACUAUUAAGAACAAAAAAGAGUUGAGAUUUUGACAUAUAUGUGUUUUGGGUAGGAUGCUGCAAGCAUUGCCAUACCUUGAUUUUUAUGCAAAUGUACUAAUAGAGUAGCUUCAUUAUUUUGUAAUAAACACAAGUCAGUGAAAAUAAUAUUACUGUGUAAUAUAUUUACUGGUAUGUGAUUUUAAGUCUUAAAUUGUACUGCAUGUACAGUGUACCAUUUAAAUGUUAUUUUUGUCAUCUGUACACAGGUAUUUGGCAGAUUUGAUGGAUAACUCUGAGCUCAUUAGAAAUGUGGCUUUGGCAGGACAUUUACACACUGGAAAGGUGCAGAAAAAACUAAAUCUUUCACCAGUUCACUGAAAAAAAAUAAUGUAGACACUUGAUUGAACAGCUACAUGUACUUUUUUGGAAGCAUCCUACAUCUGUACACUUUUUUUCUGAGGUACCUGUUGAUGACUACUUUUGAUGACCUUUUCCUCAGAAAUCAUGGGAUUUUGCAUUCUUUUCUGGUUUUCUUAAUAUGGAUACUCUGUAAUGUGUGCCUCCUUUGCAUGACCUAUGCAAAAUUAUUUUUCAUGCGUUGAACUUAAUAACGGGUAAUAUAAUCACAGCAAAGCAGCAGAAAAAGCAGAAAAUCAACCCUGAAUUGUUUUGCAAGUGUACUAUUGAGACAUGAAAUAUAAGGUUUUUUCCUAUUGGUUUGUUGUCUGCAGUCUGUUUUUGUGGAUUGUCUCAUUGAACAAACUCACCAGGACAUUCAGGCAAAGGAAAGCACUGAUGUAAGUUAUUACAAACAAUUAAACAAUGUUAGUUGAAACAGUCUGCUUAGAUUGUUAAAUUAUGUUAUUACUGGUAGUUGAUGUACCGGGAAUUAUGCUGCAAGCAGUUUCUGUCUGAAAUUUGAUAUAGUAAACAAAUCAAAUAAACCAGGUUUGCAACAACACAAUAAGAAACAAUUAUUGGAUGAAGUUUUGUGAUAUCCUGAAAAAUCAAGAUCGAGGUAAGUGUUAUCUGUUGAAAAGAAGGCCAAAGCUCAUAACACUUACCGUGACCUUGAAAAUUUGGGAUAUCACUAAAACUGAAUCUAAUAAUAUUGGUUAAUAAUACAUUGUUUUGAAGAAAAUAAUGACAAACACACCUUCGCAAGGGACCUGAAUUGAUGUUGUUAUUAGAAAUCAUGCAUUGUGCGCACAACCUACAGAUUAGUCAGUUAUCUGCUAUCAGAUAACUAACUCACUGAGUAUCUCCUAACCACAUGAUAAAUGUAACAGAUGUGUUUAGCAAGUUGUUGUUUGUUAUUUCCCGAGUGUCUACCCUGUUAUUGAUACUCUAAAUACACAGUAUUUUGCCUUUCUAUGUUGUUGCAGCUUCGCUAUACAGACACACUGUUUACUGAACAAGAGGUUAGGGAAUAAUAAUUUAUGUUUUCUUAUUGAACAAGUUACUAGAGUUGAACCUUCACUAAUGGCCACCUGUCUACAACAGCCUUUUUUUCGUCCCAAUGUACAAAAAAAUUCAUACAUUGACUCUUGUUUAAAACCUCUCUACAAUGGCCACCUCUUUACAAUGGCCACUUUCUUCUGUCCCCCAGGUGGCCAUUGUAGAGAGGUUCAACUGUAUAUCACCAUGGGACUUGUAAAGCAUUCUUUAAAAUAUGGAGCUACAUGUCAUCAGUGAAUCUUUUGUUUUCUGUCUCAUGUGACUCGAUCCUCAACUCGAUUCUCAAUAACAUGUUCACGAUUCUUGAUUUGUGCAGGAAUGGAGAAUCGAGUUGAGAAUCAAGACCCACAACAGACUGUAAACUUACAUUUGAAUCGUACUGUAUGGUACAUGUACAAAGAUUUGGUUGAUUUUUAGCCAAAACUUUUACACCUGCAUAAUUAUUUUGAGGUUUGUCAUGCUACAUGUAAGCCUUGGAUAGUGUUUAGGCAACACAAGUUGUUAUUUCUGUGCAUUGCUGUGGAAUAUUCACCACUGGAUAAUUCAUAUUUUCAUGUGAACGACCUGAGUCUUUUAAUUUGGUUCAUACCCAUUGAUACCUAAUGGGCCAGACUGGAGUAAAACUGUGGUCGUUGGGUCAGCAAUCAAGAUUUUAUGAUAACAAAAUUAUACCCAAUUACUGUACUGUAUGACCUACAAUAUACAUGUAUAAUGUGUAAAGUGCUACCUGCACUUGUAACUCAAUGAUAAUUUCUUUACUUUUUCUUUUCUAGCGAGGUCUGAGCAUAAAGAGUAUUCCAGUUUCUCUUGUUUUACCUGACACCAAAGGAAAGUCAUUUCUGGUUAAUGUAUUUGAUACUCCAGGUAGGUACUUGUUUGAAUACCUUCAGUUAAUCAUGGUUUGAGACAUGUCACACGGUGCAAAGUUUAAAUGGUGUGAUUCUUUCUUCACAGGCCAUGUGAACUUCUCUGAUGAAGUGACAGCAGCUUUGAGAAUGUGUGAUGGUGUGAUGAUUUUUAUUGAUGCAUCCGAAGGCGUGAGUGCUCCAUAAUCAUUCUCCUUUUUCUUCAUCCCUUAUUACAGCCCUGAUUAGCAACUGUCUGUACAGUGUACAUGUAAAUCCAUGUGUACUUGUAUGAUGGCUGAGCAUGUACAUUGUUUAUAGUAGCCUUUUGUAAUACAUGUAGGCUGUAAUAACAAGAGAAAAUUGGCUUCAUCUACACUGUAGUGCCAUUUUAGUUCAUACUUUGUGAUUAUCCACAAAAGUAACUUGACUAAAGCAGUCAUUAUAUUCAGGAAAAACCUUCAUCAUUCCUUCAGUCCUGUUUGCUUCCUUGAUACACCAAGAAUUGAAAUAAUUUAUAAUAAUAUACAGUCACUGUAGCUUAAACACUACAUUGUGAGAAAGUAAUGUUACAACUGUACAUGUACAAAAGAUGAUUCCCAAUAACAAUUGCUGGUUUUCACAUGAUGUUAUUAAAAUUCAAUACUUUGUGAUAAAACCAAGCCACCUUAAUAUCACCAUAUAUGUACAUGGUCAAUGGAACUGUCACAAGGUGUAAUAAUUAAUUAUAGUCAGACACUUAGAUUGUGCAUUAUGAGUUGUAAGUCCUGGGAUGUUACAGUGUGACCUGGAAAUCCAUUCAUACUUGAAAUAUCUCAGGAAUGUUUAUUGUGUUAAUAACCAAUCACAGCAAAGAUCAGGACACGUGAACUGGCUGCAAAACCACAAACUAGUUAACGUUCUUGCUUGCAGUUUAGUUUUCUCACACCUGAUUGGCUUUUCUCUUGCAAUACAAUAACAUUCUUGAGAUAUUUCAAGUGUUCUCUUCCAUGUUGCACUGUACAAGGGUUACUGUGGACCUUCUAGAAUACUGUACAGGGAUGUCACUAAGAUUUCAAGUUGCCGGGUAUUUGUUGUUAGUAGCGGGGAAGUCGCAAGCAGUCUUGGUUUUUGAAGUGCAACUUCUACCGUUUUCCAAAAGGCAUUACCGCCCCAAAAAAGCAAUCUUCAUCAAGAGUACAGCUAUCAUUAGCGGUUUUAUGAUGAUCUCGUCUUUAUUAAAGAAAUCUACAACAUUCUGAGACACUAAAAUAAUAAGUUUUUAGUCUACGUUAAGGCUCAUUGGAGGGUUUUUUAGUGGCCGCCAAAUGGGAAUAUCAUGUAAGCACCAGGUCUGAAAAAAAUGACAUGUACUAGGCACCCGUCACGUUAUCCGCGCAGUCCUAUCUUCGCACAGACAAGGCCCAUGCUGGCCAUUGAAGUGUUAAAUCACAACGAUACUUUACAAAAUUAAUGUUAAAAAUCUGGAAAGGACAGUCGAUUCUUAUAUGGUGCAAAUGAUGGUCUUUCAUCGUGAACAACGAGUGCAGAUUCCUUUGCCACUUCUUCGACAUAUUUAACACAAAGCCGACACAACGGUUGAAACUCUUGACUUUUAGCAUUGACAAAGGUGACGGCAGCGAAAACGUCACUUUUAAAAUGAAUUGGUGUUUUUUCAACUUUGUCGCAUUUAUUUCAGUUCGCUGAAAAUAGCUUAUGUAGGCCGAUUUCCCUGGAGUUGAUUUCUUUCGGACCACACUCAAGUUAAGAAAGGGAAAGAAAAGUUUGUCGUUGCUUGUUUACGUCCUCCAUAAAACGUGAAACUAGGCAUUUUCACUUUGUAGUCGUGCAGUAGCGGCAAAGAAAUGUACAAAAAAGUGUGAUGCACGUGCAAACUAGUUGUUUUGCUCAAUAAACUUAUUGCUUUUUUGACGUUCUUGUGGCCGUAGCCGUCGUCGUUGCUAAAACUCCCUACUGACAUUUCGCAAACGGAGAGUUUUCGCGUGUGUGUAGUAGUCAGAUGUCUUUUUCCGACAUUUCUUAGUUUUUGCACGCGAGUAUUUCAAAAUUACUUAAACCUGCUGCAGAUGAAACUUGCAUUUAGUUUGAUGGAUAGUCUUUGUGUGUUUCAAAGGUGUGCUCUUUUGGUUUGAUUUAACGACGAAAGUAGCCGGGGACCAUGCUCUGAGUAGCGGGGGGAAAUCCCCAGCCCCCGGCCCCGAACCCCCGGCCCCCGGCCCUUAGUGACAACCCUGAUACUGUAACUUGAAACAGACUCUGCAGUCUGGGUUUCUGUCAGCGUUCAGCAUAUCAUAUUCAUUUUGUCUUUCUCAUGGUAGCAAUCCAUCUAUCUUCAUGCUUCUGCAUAUACAUGUGCAUACAACACUGCCAUUUUGAUCCAGUGCAGUAAUAGUAUUUUGUUGGGUCAAAUCAAGGUCAAUGGUCUUAGAACUGCACGUUACUCUGUAGGUGUGAUAACAGACUUUGCUUUUAUAACGUUCUUUUGCCAGGUGAUGUUAAAUACAGAGAGGCUUCUUAAGCAUGCUGUCCAAGAAAGACUUGCUGUUACAAUUUGUAUCAACAAGGUUGGAAUGGCAAAUUUCUGCUGAUCAUCUUUUUGAUAAUGAAAAUGAUAUUAUUUAUUUAUCUAUUUGAUAUAAUUAUUUAUCUAUCUAUAAAAUUAAUGUAAUUUUGAGAUGUGGUUUUGGUGGCCAAUUUACAUGACUGUAUCUUCUAUUAUCAGAUUGACAGAUUGAUUUUGGAAUUGAAACUGCCACCUGCAGAUGCUUACUAUAAACUAAAACACAUUGUUGAUGAAGUUAAUGGACUUCUGAGGUAAAAUAUUCACUUGUUGAAUGUCAUGCCUUCAAACUCUUGUUGCAGUUGACAACUUGUACUUGACGUUUGAGUUCUGAGACUUGAGUUGAAGAAUCAUAAACGCUGUCAUUUUCAAUUUUCUUAUCUCAGUAAGUGUGGGAAACUGUCCAAAAAUCCAAAAGUUCUUUUCACUGGUUUUGCUGGGAAAAUUCAUAAUAAAUAAUUUCUAGCUUAAGCCUUCCAUUGAAAGGCUGUCACCAUGAGUUUGGGGAUAUGACAGUACUUUAAAUAUAACGUCACUUUUAGAAGAGCCCUCAAAUGCAAAGCUUCAGAAUUGUACUUUACAUGUAUGUGCACUUGUUGAUUGUUAUUGUGUGUUUGCCUGUUUAAACCUUGAAACUUCUGGACUUCUUUGUAAAGGUAAUAGCAUGAUUAGUAGUGAUAUUUGGCAUAAAUACCAUGAGUUAUAUUUUAAAAUUGUUAUACGUAAUUUCACGCGCCGUUAGGCGAGUGAAAUUUGAGGCAAUUUUGAAAUAUCACGAGUGGUAUUCAUGCCAAAUGUCACGUACAAAUCAUGCUAUUAUUUGUUUAUACUACUACCCGCAAAAGAUUUGUAAUUUUCACAUGUAGUUAUUUCAAAUUAACCUGAAAUACCACUCCUCUAAGCCAAUCAAAUUGCAGAAAUUUCUCAUGUAGUAGUGUAAUGGUGGGAAACGUGUUAAAGCCACUGAUGAAUUCUUGAGGGAAAAUAUCUUUUUCACUCAUGAAUAUAAUUAUUGAGGUCAACUCUGUUAUGACCAUGUCCCUCUGAGCUUCGAGCAUGUGACCCCCCCCCCCCCCCCCCCCCACCACUCGCUUCCACCACGGAGGAGGGACAGAUUUCUUCUCAAAAAAACACAAAUUAUAAAAGAAAAUAUUUGUCAAAUAUACUAACCUUAAUGAGAAAAAAAAAAAAAAAAAAUAUAAAGAGAGAGUCUUUUAAUUUUUAGAGAAAAAAUUUUUUCUUCUCAUAAAUAUAAUUUUUGUGGGCCACCCCUUUCUAACCCCCUCCCUCUCGGCUUCGGGGCCGGGGCCCCCCCCCCCCCCCCCUAAGUACAUGUAGCAUGGCUACAGGAGGAGCAAAUGUUCCUGGCAAAAACAUGUACUAUCUAACAGAGACAUUUUGGACAGUUAUCUACACUUGAGUGACAAAAAAGCAAAGAAAUUGUUAAGGAGGACAUUCUUAUUACUAGUUUUGUGUCAAUGGCAUCAAUUUUAAGAACAAUUAUUUUUUUAUUUCAGUGUGUAUUCUGAUGGUGGUGAUGAUUAUGUCAUGUCACCAUACCUGGGCAAUGUCUGCUUUGCCAGCUCACAGUACAGAUUCUGUUUUACUCUCUAUUCAUUUGCUGCUCUGUAUGUCGAUACAUUUGGUGAGUCUCCCGUCUAAAAGUAAUUUUUCAGUUAUUUAGAAAAGGUAAUCCUGUACCUCGAUUAAUUUGUAAAGAGGAUAAUUUGAACAAAAAUGGAGGUACAUGGAUGAUAGCAUUGUCUUCUGUGCAAUUACCUCGGUUCUGAAUUUCAGUUUUUUUGGACCAGAUCUGUGGUCCAUUACGUUUGUUUUGUAAAACUGCGCCCAUACGUUAACGCAUACGCUGGAAACGCACAUUACCGCUAAAAAGUAUUAGAAAUGAUGUGAGCGUGAUUCAAUCUUAUUAAACGAUCUGAAAAGAGUGUAAACUGUCUCCGUUUACUUUUUCCCACGCGGACGAAUCUUGUAAAAUUUUGAUACCACAACGCGCGCUCGAUGACGUAAUCUUUUGCAGAAGCACCUUUGUUUAAUUUACAUAAAUUAUUAUUUACAAAUCCUCAGUUUUGGUGUGCGCAAGUGACAACUUGCGUACUGUCGUAGGACUAAAUCCGUAAAAUAUUGACUCCUGAUGGUACAAAAAAUUGUAGGCGUUUUCAAACGUGGAGGUAUGCGUGUAGACUCCAAAUUAAGGUGACUUCCACUUUGGUUCACUGCCCAAAGAAUAGUUAAAACAUUGCAAGUUUUGCGAAAGAUUUCAGUCAGCAAUCACUGGCAAAAAUUGCAGUUACAAUCGAGGGUAUUAUUGUUUUACUUUUUGCCAAUAAAACUGCCUGCGUAGCAACCGUUUCCGCACAAGUUCGUCGAGAAAGUUGGAACCUGAAGAACAAAAAUGGCUCCAACUUUCGCGCAAGAACUCGAUCAGACACGCUUGCUAUGUACGUUACCAAUAAAAGCGUGGAUAAAUGCUUAACGUAUGUCGUAAAAUAUAUGUUUUUGUGUUUUGUAAGAGAAGUGCUGUGUAUUUGUUCUAAUUUUCUUAAAAUUGAUAUUUUUGUUCACCUGUAGGUGGAGGCAUUGAUCCAAAAGACUUUGCAAAACGUUUAUGGGGUGACAUGUACUUCAACGCUAAAUCGUAAGUGUGUUUAAAGUGUACAUCAUAGUUGGUUUAACGUGCACGGAAAAAUAUGUUGCUGGGUUACUUGUGGACUACAUCGUGUUUAGCAAAAGAGGUCAUCGGCUGCUAGGCUCACUGUAUUGUAACAUGUGCUUAAAUAAGUUAUCUUUUGCUUGGAUAGGGGUACAUUGCAGGCAGCUGAUUUUGUAAUUGUGAUGUACGUGUAAUUAAUGUCAUCUUAUUUUUUUCCGUUAGGCGCAAAUUCACUCGUAAGGCUCCAUUAAGCACUUCUCAUAGAAGCUUUGUAGAGUUCAUUCUGGAACCACUUUACAAAAUAUUUGCACAGGUACAUAUAAUAACCAUGAGUUGAGUUUGUUGAGAAUGAUGCUGUGAUAAGUUGCAUAUAAUAGUGUGUAGGUACACAGAAUUCCAGCAACAGAUUCUACCAGGAAUGAGAAGUUUAGGAAAAAAUGUGUGAAAACACAAUUUUUCAAAAUCAAUAGCGGUGAUCGCUCAAUUAAUAAUUAUGCUAGUUAAAGUUAAUGAUAAUAUGAACGAGAAUACAAUUAAACCGACCAUAUACCUUGGUUGUAUGUUCAUAAAACACAGCUGUACAAUGUAAUUGUCCUUUACUUUCAGGUAGUUGGUGAUGCGGAUACAAGCCUUCCGAAACUUUUAGAUGAACUGGGUUAGUGAAAUGUAUAUUUUCGAGACUCUAGAAUCAUGGGUUUUGAGUAUACGUAACGGUUUUUAAAGUAUGUGUGGUCUUACCAAAAAAUUUUUGUUUGAUGCGCCCUUUACAUUCAAAAAGUGUGCCAUCUUUUUUGAGUUAUUAUAAUCUAAAAUAUUUACAAUCGCUAUGUUGUUUAAUGUUUUAACGUCUGUCAACUUUUGUCUUUCUAGGUAUUCACUUGUCUAAGUCUGAAAUGCAGAUGAACAUCAGACCUCUUCUUAGUCUCGUCUGUAAAAGAUUCUUUGGAGAUUUCACAGGUAGUAAAAUGGCUAUCAAUCUCACCUGGUUUUUACAAUCUCUGUGCCAAAGUGGCUUAGCUAACCAAAUAACUAAAUUUGUAGCAAAGGAAGCAGCUGCCAAGAUCACGAAAUUUGUAACGUGGCAAAAGUUAGGCCCCGUCCACACUUAUCCGCGUAUUUUUGAAACCGCAUAUUUGAUUGUGUGGACAGGGCUUUAAACCAAUUUGGAGAGCAGUUCCGGCGAACGGAUUCACUGGUUUCGUAAGGACGGAAGGCCGAUUCGUGUACAAAAGUAUUCAGUUGCAAGAAUAUCCGGAUUCGUGUGGAUGGGGUCUUAGGGCCUGUUUACAUGGAGGUGGGCGACCCCAGGUAGGUGUGGUAACCCGAUUAGGUGGAGUAACCCACCUGUCCAUAUAAUCUCUUAAAUGGUCAUCCCACCUAUCAUGUAAACGUGAUCAAAUUAAAAUGAGAGAUUUUACGGAUAGACGGGUUACCCCACCUAAGCGGGUUACCUCACCUACCUGGGGUCCCCCACCUCCUUGUAAACAGGCCUUUAGGCUUGGGGUAGAUAUCUGUACAGCGUUUUGCAAUGGAAUGUGUGAUAGUUUAAUUAUAUUUUCACUCGACACAUUUUUGUCCACUUUAUACUGUUACAAGGACUAAUAGGCUGUAUUUGUAUUUUCAGGAUUCGUUGAUGUUUGUGUUCAGCACAUACCAUCUCCUAAAGCAGCGGCAAAGUCAAAGGUGAAAGCAAUUCAAAUAAAUGUUUUAAACUCAGGAACAACCUUACGGAAGUGACCAAUAUUCCUUACAAUUUGUACGAUAACUUUGCCAGUCUCUGUGCGUGAUAAUUAUAAUCCUUGAAGUCUUAAAGUAUUCAUCCGUAUCAGUAGUGUGGGACCCUUAAUCCUGUUUUGCAACUGUUUGUUUUAGUCAUUUGCUCGGCCCCACUGUACUAGCCUUUGUCCUGUUAAUUCUGACGAGAGUAAAAAAAAACCUUUAACUCUUUAACUUUUGUUAACACUUAAUUAGUUUACAUAGUUUCCAUUAGACUGGCCUGCAAAUAGCGAAAAGCUAAUCGCGGCAAACCGGACUGUACACAAGAGACGACAUUUUGUUUCAUUAUAAAUAGACGUAGUUUUGUAAAAUAAAUAUACAUUUUUAUAUACAGCUAUAACAUAUGUACGCAUUGCACUUCAUAUUUUUUGAUAACUUGGAAAGAGGAAAGAAGAGGAAAACAAUUAACUGAAAACAAAAGAAAAAUAGUUUUGUAAAGAGGAAAGCUACAAACUUAACUAAGCUGAAUUUUUCAUUUUAUUAUAAAUUAAUGUCUCUGCUCCUUUAUGAUACAUGUUGAACGCGAAGUAACUUAAUUUUAGUAAAAGCCAACAAGUGGUCUAUUAUCAAUGCUGCGUUCUGAUUUGGUUGAACUACUACUAGGCUAUAUGUUAUAGCUCACUAGUAGAGAAAAGCGCCAGCUUUGAAAACCAAAACAAUGGCGGCUGAAUCGCGUUUUACUAGCUAAAGUUGUUUUCUCUCGAUAUUUUUGACCAACUAGUUGGAUUUUACUAAAACAAUUAUUCCUCUCGUCCUCAUGGCCUCUGAGUCAAUAGCCCAUGAGGCCGAACGGGCUUGAGGGAUAAUUGUUAAAUAAAACAAAUAAUGACAAGAUGGCGUUAAUGAGGGAGCACGGCCUUGCGCUAGGUUAGCAGUGCGAUCUCCGGCGAUUGCGUAACCAAAGAAGCUCAGUUAUCUCCCCAGCACUACGAGCUGAAUGCAAUACAGCAAGUGCUGGAUCGGACAAGAGUAUCGGUUUGCAGGCGAUAUGAAACGGCAAUGCGGCCAACAAGCUAGGGGGAAGUCGCUGCGCAGACUUAACCGCACCGCCGAGGAGUGUCCCUAGUUUAUUUGAUGGCAUAGCACAAAACAAAGCCCAAACCUCGUCUCCAAAGGGAGGGAGGGAGGGAAAAAUUUUACAAGAAUAAUAUACUGAGCGCUAACCUUGCUGAGCAACAGAACCUAAGUGAACUCUGAACACUUGUUCUAGGCUCUUAUAGCUAGACGAACGUCUGCUGGCAUAGCCAGUAUGUAGAAAAGGCUGUACUACAAGGCAGCUCAACGUUGCUUGUGCAAACUCUUAGCCGUGAAUAGUGCUUUGAAAAUACUGGCCAAUGGUGUGGCUUGUACUAGCCUGCUUAAGACAACAAGGCCAUAAAGUUCUACGCUAGAAUACAAUGCAUUUUAGAGCUUGCUGACCUUGACAACUUGACUACUCAAUUGCUCUAUUGAAAAAGAACCGCCAUGAAAGGGUUACUGAUAAGUAACGUCACGUUCCAUUAACUACAUUUUACUGGCGUGACGGUAAAAUUGCUUUUAUUGUGUAUUUACCUCAACCUAGAAGUUUUCAGUUUCUUAAAUUUUGAUUAGUUUUCCUUUUGUAGAUUUUUAAAAGAGGUUUUGAGUAAGCUUUAAGAGUACAUGUGGUGGGUAUCUAGUUACGCCAACACUGAAAACUCGUUUCCUUGUAACAGGGAUAACACUCGUCACAGUCACAACACUUGUCAUCAUUAUCAUUACUAUUUCUAUUAUUACUAUUAUUAUCAAUAGACAAUCAAGCAUACAUAAUUAUCACAUAUCACAAGAGUCAAAGAACGGUCAGAAAAAAACAAUGAUAUUCAAAAACAUUCUCCCUGCUCGUUAGGAAUAAGAGGACACAAUUAGAGAAAAUUUGUCUCUGGAAGUAAUGGCGUCUGUGUUAUCCUCUCCUAGAUAGAACAUGUCUAUACAGGACCGCUGGAUACGGAAGCUGUAGAUGCAAUGAUGGACUGCGAUCCUGAGGUAAGGCACAUGUCUCCUUGAAAAUACAGCGUUGAUUCGGAAACUCAAGAAUUGACUAUCGUUCUAUUUUUUUUCGGAGUGGAAACUCGUGUCAGUAAACCAAUUUUUAAAAUAUUUACGCACUGAAAUCUUCUAUCUCUGUUAGGGUCCGCUGAUGCUACACACGUCUAAACAAUACCCUUCACAAGAUGCCACAGCUUUCCACGUUUUUGGACGCGUCAUGAGUGGAACAAGUAAGAAGUUGGUUUUCCUGUGCGCCUACAUUCUGCCCAUACCCCUUUUUUUUUUGGCCUUUUAUUUAUAACUUUUAAUAUUAACGCUGUUGUUUUCCUUAUUUUCUGUAGUUUAUGCUGGUCAACAAGCGAGAAUACUUGGCGAGAAUUACACCAUAGAAGAUGAAGAAGACUCGAGAGUCGGGACGGUGAGCAAUAAUGGAAGUUAAAUACAGUGGAUUCUCGAUAUAACGAACCUCUCUAUAUAAUGAAAUCCUCGGUAUAACGAACGAUUUUCUUUACCGAUCAUCAUCAUUUUAUGUACCUUUUCUUGGAGCUACAUUGCUUUGGAGCAAUAUCGCCUGUUUCAAACGGUCAGGAAACCGGGUAAAAAUAUAGCUUCAAGGGGACAUCACGCGAUGGGCCUCAUUCUCAAAGGGACAUAAGAAUUUGGCUCAGAGGAUACGUUGGAGAAUUUCUUUCCUAGGGAAAGAAACUUCCGACGAUUUCCAACAUAAAUCCAAAGCAUUCCAAGAAUAUUCGUCUAAUUUUCGUUUAACCCUCUAUUCCACGAAAACGCUCGAUUGGUUGCCUCAUCUAAGGUUGCAACCUCCUUGUCAAGUCUCAGUCAACACCAAAAUAAGACUGAAUGGACGAAUAGGAAAUAAGUAAUUUAAAUCAUUGCUGUAUUAGAGGCAGACGAUUUUAACUAUCACAUAACUUAGUGGCUUUAAUUUGUCCUUUGUUUGAUGGUGGAGGUGAGGGUUAAACUGAUCGUCGAGUGCGCAAAGCUCCUAUGACUCAGAUUAUUCUAGUUUUUUGCCUUAUUGUUUUUUAGUUUUUUGAUUCCUUUUUUCUUCCUAGGUGGGCAGACUGUGGAUUGCUGAAGCAAGGUAAGUCUACUUUCUUUCGUUAUUUCUAAACCUUUCUGCUCAUAUGAAGUACAGUAGUUUUUCCUUUUUUAGAUUUUCUAAGCUUACUUACUAGGGCCAGUAAUUCUAAAAGGUUUUGUAUAAUAAGAGAAUUGCAGUCGUGAAUUCUACUUGAUUGUCUACGUGUUCUUAACAGAUACAACAUUGAAUUAAACCGAGUUCCAGCUGGAAACUGGGUACUAAUUGAAGGAAUUGAUGAACCCAUUGUAAAGACUUCAACUAUCACUCAAGUACAAGGCAAUGAUGAGGUGAGCCUGUGGAUCGAGUUAAACAGUCGGGGUAAAAAUAGUUUUGAAAAUACUGUCCCCAGUUCCUGCUAAAUACAUUUGUUGGCUUCACACUAGAAGCGAAGUUAGUUUCAAGUAAGCACUUGAUUUAAGUGCUCUUAAGUCGCUCUGUAAAAACAUGGCUUCACACUGUCAAUCUCUCCGUUCAUUAGAAUUUUGGAAGCGCUACGCGUGCACAUCGUGCACCUAGCUUCCAUUUCUUACUUGUCAAGUGUGUUCUCAAGUGUGGUGUAGACCAUAUUUAGCGGCGAACUUCGGCUUCCUUGAACAACGAACGUUUCCGUGGUCACCAAGCAAAGUAGAAGUAUGUAAAUUUUACCUCUUCACACGCAAAGUAGGUUCCAAAAACACUUACACUAUACCUGAAGAUCUAGUGUGAAGCCAACAAUUGACGCUAAAAUAAAGUGCCUUUUUUUGCCCUUGAGGCCAAAAAAGUAUUCUUCAGGGAGUUCUUUUAAAAACUCGUAUUUUAGUGUAGCGAACUGUUGUCAAAUUAGUAAAUGGAGAUUCAGUUAGUUAGAUUUCGAAACAAAUACACGUCUAGUCACUGAAAGCGCAGGGCACUACGUAUUAGCUAGUCAUAAUUGGUUUUGAUUCCGUCCUGAUUGGCUGAGUAUGUUCAGCACGAGAUGUUUUUAGCCAAUCAUGACGCGUAAUAAGGCAAACGUUACUAACAGAGUCAUGAUAUAUAUUUUUUGAGUUGCAAUUUUAAACCAAUCAUUUCCCCCCUUCUUUUCAUUUUCCAGGUGUACAUCUUCAGGCCUUUAAAGUUCAACACGUGUUCAGCUAUUAAGAUUGCUGUUGAACCUCAUAAUCCAUCUGAGCUGCCUAAAAUGUUGGACGGACUGAGAAAAGUGAAUAAGAGUUAUCCACUUCUUACCACCAAGGUUAGUUUCUACACAAUUUCCUUGGACUCCCUGUGAAAUACGCGAGUCUAAAUAUGCAGAGUAUUGUUCAGCUUUUGGCCCCAAAUCUGCAGUAACAUUCUUAUACGCCUGCGUCUUGUGUAGUUUAUCAAGGCCAUUUGAAGUUCAUUGUGUUUCUUUGUUCCCUAGUUUUUCACUUGUUCUCAACUUAUUGUUAUGAUUAUUUUUUUUUUUUAGGUCGAAGAGUCGGGUGAGCACGUGAUCUUGGGUACAGGAGAACUAUACUUAGACUGUGUACUACAUGAUUUAAGGAAGAUGUACUCUGAAAUCGGUUAGUCUUGUAAUAUUCUACACUUCAGAAUACUUUCCAUUGCAACUUUUUGGGUAAUUAGAAAUCAUAUUCAACACUUAGGGGGGCAGACUCUGUUUGUUGGAGAAAUUGCUCUUUGUGGAACCAAAAUAGCCUACUGUACCUCAAAAAUUAUCUUCUGUAAUAUUAAUAGCCCGCGUUGUAUUAAAAAGGGGUUUUGCCCAACGAGCGGUAUGUGAAAUGUGUAAUAAAAAGAUAAUAAGCGUUCAGUGCAGCUUCAGUUGUAAUAUCACCUCAUUCAUGUCUGAAAUGUUUUGCUUCAUUAUUCUUUUGGCAGAUAUCAAGGUCGCUGAUCCUGUUGUAGCAUUUUGUGAAACAGUUGUUGAAACAUCAUCGCUAAAAUGUUUUGCCGAGACACCAAAUAAGAAGUAAGAGCAGCGUGCCUAUUAAUCGUUUUUUACCUUGAGCGGGUCCCGAACAUGCCUAUGUUUGACGUAAUAUGUUUGCUCUUUCUAGGAAUAAGAUCACUAUGAUUGCUGAACCUUUGGAGAAAGGCUUAGCUGAGGACAUCGAGAAUGAAAAAGUUUUAAUUACUUGGAACAAGUAAGUUUCGCAAGGAUAACGUCUGAGAAACGGGCGCAGAAAUUCCAUACUGAUGAAGCGUCACCUCCGAGAUCUGAGUAGUACUUCUUAUUGGUCGUGCCGCGUAGGAAAUUUGCUUCCGCCUAUCAGAAGCACUACCCAGAUUGGGGUCGUGACGCAUCGCCAGUAUGGAAUUUCUACGUUCGUUUCUCAGACGUCAUUUCGCGAGGAAACCAGUGUUGGCGUCCCGAAAUGUAGGCUGUUUUCUCAGGCUAGUUGUGCGGCUUCGUGUCAGAAAUAAUACCAACAACUUAUUUGUUCCUUUUAAGACGAAGUUUUGCGGAAGAAAAACCUUAGUGGGUAAAAGAGAGCUUUUUGUCACAGACAAGUUACCAAGUCAGGUGGAAAAAAACAUUGUGCUCAGGAUAAGAGUGCUAACCAUUAAAAUCGCAAGAUCCUCUUGCUUUUGCCUGCUUAAAUUUUUUCGAUCCCCCUAACAGCUUCUCUAGAUGAUGAUUUCUGUAAACGAAUAAUCUCGCUAAUCUUGUGCUUUCCUUCGCCUUGAAGCAAAUUUCCGCAGUACUCUGUGCGAUCCAGGGCAUUCAAUGCCGGAAUAUCUUUGUUUUCACACAGAGUAGUUAUUAGUCGUGAUAUGAAUCAGGCUCGAUUGUUUUUAAUGUGGGUUUGUUUGGUCAUUAAACAGGAAGAAACUGGGCGAAUUUUUUCAAACAAAAUAUGACUGGGAUUUGCUUGCUGCUCGUUCAAUCUGGGCGUUUGGACCUGAUAACUCCGGGCCUAAUAUUCUAGUAGAUGAUACUCUGCCUUCUGAGGUGGACAAGAGUUUGUUGAACACAGUAAAAGAUUCCAUCAUUCAAGGCUUUCAGUGGGCAACAAGGGAAGGACCAUUGUGUGAUGAACGUGAGUACUGAAGUAUUUUUAUUCUUUUCGUUUCAUGUAAAAACCUUUGUACUGCUCAUUUGUAAGCAGAGGGAAAAUAUAUAAAUCCUGAAUCUCAGCAGUUAUACAACUGUUUUCCAAUCGGGGGUAUGCAUGAUUAUGUGUAGUGUGUGUGAUGGUGUUAGGUAUGCGUAAUAAUUAAUCUGAAGUGUGCGUGAUAAUCUGAAAUAUGCGUGAUAACCUGAAAGGUACGUGAUAACCUGAAGCGUACGCGUCUCUUCGGGUUGAGGGCACGCUUAGUUUAAUAUUUUAUCUCCAACCCAUUUUCCGAUACAAUUUAAACCAGGUAAUCUUCCCCAUGAUAUAGUGUGAACAUUUUUUUACAGCUAUACGAAACGUAAAGUUCAAGAUCCUGGACGCAGUGAUCGCUGGUGAACCAAUCCACAGGGGAGGAGGUCAAAUCAUUCCAACGGCCAGACGAGUUGCUUACUCCGCCUUUCUUAUGGUAAGCUACUUUCAGUUGGUCUCAAAACUUUUACAACAUUUGAUACAGUGCUUUGCCAAAUUAUUGAAAAUGGUAAUUAUUCUUUUUGUUGUUUCCAGGCCACGCCACGUUUGAUGGAACCGUAUUUCUUUGUUGAGGUCCAGGCUCCCGCAGAUUGUGUCUCGUCUGUAUACACUGUUCUUGCACGGCGAAGGUAAGUUCAUGUAUUGUCUGUGAAUAAAUGGAUCAACAUUUUUGUAAAUCUUAUCCGUGGUGCCUUGGCCUUGCCCAUUAGUCGAGCUGUGAAAGCCGAGCGCAGAGCGUAAAAAAAAAAAACAGAGUGAGCCGCGCAAGCCGAAUGUGAAGGGGGAGACUGAAGAGAAAUGUGAUUUCCUGUAACCGCCAAACACAUUUGAUAUAAGUAGAACAAUUGUCCUGGGAAGAGUAUUACCCUCCCAGCCGGCGAGUCAACUUGAGCGAGCGUUUGUAUGAGAGAAAAAAAUAACGACCCCUUUGCCCGAGCCAAUAGCGUUCGCUCUCUGAUUGCCUUGUUUGAGUUGACCCGCCUGGAAGAGGCAAAGUGUUUAUAUGGGGCUUUUAUUCUUUAUAUUUUGGUUUGAAUGUUUGAAUAAGGGCCCGUAAACGUAAGGCCCCAGGACCCAAACUCUAACAUUUGGAGCAUCCUUCAUCAGGGGGUAUAACGACGGACUUUUGCUCGACGUGUCGGUAUUUCAAAUCCCUUACACCUUUUGCAAUGGCCAAUUCACCUUUUAACAAAGUUGAUGGAAACGAUUGUUUUCCUUUUUAACUCGGAUACGUAUAAUUUGUAAACAUUUAAGGUUUAUUUGUAUUUCUUAGAGGGCAUGUUACCCAGGAUGCACCUGUUCCCGGCUCACCGCUGUACACAGUGAAAGCUUUUAUACCCGCCAUUGACUCGUUUGGAUUUGAGACUGAUCUGAGGACUCAUACUCAAGGACAAGCUUUCUGUCUCUCAGUAUUUCAUCAUUGGCAGGUAAACAAUAAUACCAUGUCUAUUAGACAGCAUUGGUAGAAACGAUUCAUUUUUCCUUUCUGCGCUGCCUGAGUGCAAAUUGUUCGUUUCAGAAUCUCGAAAAGCGAAUGGGUAACGCGAGUGGGGGGAGCGAAGCCCGAGUCUUUUGCGGCUCGACCGCCACCUUUGUCUAGCUUGCGAUUUAAAAAAAGAGACUGUACUCUUAAACUACUAACGGUUGUAUUCAAUACGCGAUAUUUUUCUGGCGGUUUGGAAUUGCUCUAUAUUCAAGUCAGAAAUUACUUUUUGUAAAAGUUUGUUGACAGCUAAGGUAGCCUCCGCGCUCGUGUGGCGCUUCAAGCGAAAUGCGCGUUCGCCUCGCUUGGCUCAUUGAGAGACUGCAGCUAAGGAGACUUUAUCUUCAUUUGAAGAUUUCUGAAAUAAGUAAAGACAUAAAGCUAAGUGCUACCGCCACUUGCUCGUUAGUGGGGUUUCUGAAACGUUUUCCGAAGGCAGCUGUCGAUGGUCAAAGGGGAAGCUGUGACCAGAAAAGGGGCCGAAUUUUACCCAGGGGGGAAGGGAAUGCUCCUCAGUAAAACUUAAAGUCUGGAAGCUCUGAAAUGCAAUUUCUAGAUUCUAGGUAUCUGUCUUUUCUUUUAUCCUUAUUGCGCUGUUUAUGAUACUCUUUGUUGACCACAGCCAACCAACGUUUAAGUUUUAAAUAAAAUCUUAACAGACGCCGGUCUAACCGGCUUUUAUUGAAACCUCGGUGAAAAUCAAGCUUCACUGUUGUAUUGUUUCUUCGUCUCAAGAACUCUUUUAAAUGGCCUUUUUUGUUGUAAUUAUUUGCCAUUUUUCUUCUGUUAAUUGAUAGAUCGUUCCUGGUGAUCCCCUGGAUAAGAGCAUCACCAUUCGUCCACUUGAACCCCAGCCAGCCACACAUCUGGCCAGAGAAUUUAUGAUCAAAACAAGGAGAAGAAAGGUUAGUAUUGGUCGUCGUCUAGCAGUUCAGACUUUGAAUGGUGUAAGUCCUUACCAGAUCAUUGCCUGUCGCUAAGCUACAAGAGAGAUGCGAACCUAGGCUAUUUAUUGAUGAUGUUCCAAACAAUUCACGCGGAAAUGCAAGGACUGGCUCUAUAACCUAAUGGAUUAAAUUUAGAUUCGAUCACUAGAAGAGAAAAUUUUUGGUGAUAAUCAUAUUUGGAUCUCCGUUUACUUCGUCUCUGAGACAAGGUGAAGUGUUUUGUUUUUCUUUGUUAGUGUUGUUGUUGUUGCUUGCACGUUAGAAUAUGCUUUUACCAGCAGUGUGAUUUUAUCACACUAUAAUAAUUAAAAAUCAUUAAUUUUGAAAUCGUUUUUCUUUUAAAGGGACUGAGUGAAGACGUCAGCAUCAACAAAUUUUUCGACGAUCCUAUGUUGCUGGAGUUGGCGCGCCAAGACGUCAUGUUUAACUACCCCAUGUGAUCAAAUCCGGAGGAUGACGUCAGAGCCAGGCUUGUGACUUGUAGAUAUAGCCGGCUUAUCAUCUGAUAUAAACUUUAACUUCAUGCAUGAAGACAAAAACAAGUCGUUAUGCGAAAUAAAGCUUUUGGACGGCAUUCAGUCUUAACGAAAGGACAAACUCCGCAUUUCAAUUUUUAUGUUUUCGUUUUGCUUUUUAUUCACAUUUGUCGCAUGAGGAAAUCAUUUUCAACUCAAUCCGUGUCCAUUAGUUGCUUACGAUCAUUGAACAACCUGCUGACUGCGCUGUAUAGCCUCAUACUACACAGUCGUCACCCAGUUGGUGACGUAGUUUGUAUCGUAAUCACGGCGAACUUGUAAAACACAUUCUUGUUCGAGGAUUCGUGGGCCAGGCCCAGAUACUGGGGGUUUAGAUGUACUCUUGUUCGUUUUGUCUGUGCACAGGAACUUCAGUAGAGGUGUAAGUUAGGUCGCGUAACCCCCUGAAUUGUUUCACUCUUUGUCCUUGUAAAUAUGGUCUUUUUGUGGUUGAAUUUUGUCGUAAAAUGUUUUUACAGGAAAAGAUGGGAACUCUUGGGUUCUAUUUAUUUCAAACAGUAGAUCUCCUUUUUGACAUGGAGAGUCAAGUUGUGCAAUGUUUCACCUGGUUCAUAAAUGUCUAUCCUGCAUGACAGGCGGGAAAUGGAGAGGAGCAGAGAGAGAAGGACGGGGAGAAAAUCUCCUUCUCUCUCCCUUCCCACCCCACCCCUGCCGCACAGGCAAUUAACGUCGAAAUCUUAGAACUUCGUCACAUGCAGGUAGUCUAGAGAGUUUAAGAUACAACGACUUCGGACUACAUACGUGUCAGGCGAGUUUUUAUGUGUUAAAUAAACUGCUUUUUUCUUG